ACCAAACCUUCGAUCUUGAAUUUCUCCUUCUCUUUUACCCUUUCCCUUUUUCUGUUUUCAUUUUCAUUUUCUCUCUAUCUCUCAAUUAUAGCGUUUCUUUAAUGGACUCAUCCUUACCGGUGGAGGAACUUACCUCCGGCGCAAGUAACCGGAUAAUCCCCUUAUUCAAAAAUCUCCACCGUUCCGUUUUCUCAUACGAAACAUCCAAACGACUACUCAUAUUCAUACAAUCCAUUUUCCUAUGGGUAAUUCUCCUUUCUCGUCGCCGGUUUGCCACGUCACCGUCACCGUCUUCUCCUCCUUCUUCGCCGUCUGCAGCGGUGACGGUAGCCUCCGCGAAGAGGAGGAAAUUUGCUCUAAGGAGAGAUGAAGAGGAUACACAGAGAAGGAGAGCACUUGCUGAGGCCUUGGAAAUGGUUGUUGAAAAUGAAACCGCUGAUUGCCGGUGGAACACGUCUUUGUUCUUUGGGAUACGGAGAAAUGCUUUGUUUUGCCGGUCCUGGUUCCCCGUUUCCGACGAAUUAAGGGGCAUAAUUAUCAUCAUCCAUGGACUGAAUGAGCACAGUGGACGAUAUGCUAAUUUUGCUAGGCAACUGAACUCCUGCAACUUCGGGGUAUAUGCAAUGGACUGGAUAGGGCAUGGAGGGAGUGAUGGAUUACAUGGAUAUGUGCCAUCUUUGGACCAUGUCGUCGCAGACACAGGGGCUUUCUUGGAAAAGGUCAAGUUUGAGAACCCUGGGCUACCAUGCUUCCUCUUUGGUCAUUCAACAGGAGGAGCGGUGGUAUUAAAGGCAGCUUCUUAUCCACACAUUGAAAACAUGCUGGAGGGCAUCAUAUUGACUUCACCAGCAUUGCGUGUGAAACCUGCAAAUCCUAUUGUUAGCGCCGUAGCACCAAUUUUUUCAUUGGUUGCACCUAGGUACCAAUUCAAAGGUUCUCACAAAAGAGGAAUUCCUGUAUCAAGGGAUCCUGCAGCACUGGUGGCCAAGUAUUCUGACCCUCUAGUGUAUACUGGGCCCUUGAGGGUCAGGACAGGCCAUGAGAUUCUGCGCAUCUCCUCUUACUUGAUGCGGAACUUCAAGUCUGUCACUGUCCCAUUCUUAGUCCUCCAUGGAUCGGCUGAUAGAGUCACUGAUCCGUUGGCUUCUCAGGAUCUGUACAAUGAGGCUGCUUCUGAAUUCAAAGACAUUAAACUUUAUGAUGGAUUCUUGCAUGACCUUCUGUUCGAGCCUGAGCGUGAAGAAAUUGCUCAGGAUAUCAUUGAUUGGAUGCACAAGAAGUUAGCUUCUGGCAAUCUUGCAAAUGUGUAUAGUCGGUGCUAGCUUUCUGAAUAGUUAGUGUUUUGAUUGAUCAAGGGUUUCAAGGGAGGGCUGAUGUUUUAUGAUUUUGUUUGAUAACAUAUCCAGCUUAUCAGUAGCUUCCUGCUUCUCCAAUGGAAUCAGAAAGAUGAUUCCAAUUAUCUAAAGCUUGUAUAGUGUGUAGUAGUAAAAAUUAGGGAUUCGCGGUGUUGGUCUCUUGGCUGUGGUUAGACUCUUUGACCAGUACUAUGUAUUCGAUGAACACAUUCUUCUCUAGAACGGAUAUGUUUAAUAAAGACGAUGGGCAAGCUGCAUUGAACAAUGCAUGAAACCCCAUGAGCCUCUUGUUAAACGCAAA